AUGUUCGCACAGGCUGUCCUCCUCAUUGCCUUGGUCUGCAAAGUAUCAGGCUCACCCUACGUGGUCACCAACCCAAAGGACCUACAGAGCACCUGGUCCAGCCAUGAUUACAACGCCACACACGAGACCGUGCCCGGUAAUGCGAUCCGAUGGGAGUUUACCGUGAAAGGAAGAAACGGUGUACCAGACCCAGGAAACUUUGCAGCCUCAUGCCACGGCCUGCAGGUGAUUUCGGAUGACCUCGAUCUGAAGGGAAAGCCUGACUUUGAGCGCUGCAACGAUACAGCUUACGAGGCACGCCAGUACUUCUCUGAGCAGUACACGACUGUCGAGGUUCGGCGCACUGAUUAUCCUGAUCUUGGGAAGGAGGUGCAGAUCUCUGCUACGGCAAAUUAUACUUCGACCGACGACAAUAUUGUUAAUGGACACUUGAACUUUGGCAAUUUCCAGACAUCUUUCAUUUCUACACCUAUUGAGGGUUAG